AUGGCCACGGAGGAGCUGCACUCGCGCAUCGCGGCGGGCGGCGCGGGGCGGGGGGCGCAGCUGCCCACGCCUGCCGCGGCCGAGCUGCUGGAUGACGCAGAGCUGCUCGUCGACGACCGGGAGAUCGACGCAGACCUCACCGGUCCAGUGAACAUUAGCACGAAGGCCAAGCUGGUGGCGCCGGGGCUGGUCGCGCCGGGCACCGUGUCGCUCACCUCCACCGAGCUGUACUUCGAAGUGGACGAGGAGGACCCCGAGUAUAAGAAGAUUGACCCUGAGAAACGCAUGAAACCAGUUGAUGACCGUAAUGGCGUUUCCAAUCACAGGACGGACAUUCUACCCAAUGGGUUUGCGACCUCCACCGACCGACGAAGAGGUAGAGGUACAACGGGACUACUGAAAGAUAAUUGGCAAAGAUAUUUGGCGUCACGCAGACGACUGGGCAUAACAGAACCCAGUCAAAAGUCUUUGCAAUGUUACACAUACGUGCUGUGA